UGGCUCUGGCUCUGGACAAGUCGCUUAAUUACAGAGAUUCCCCUAAUCUCACGCCCCCACCAUCGUCUCCCCCUUCCAUUUCUCAGCCGUCCGAUUACUACUCCCAGCUAGAUCUUUGCCGGUGAAUCAGACGGCCCCCAUUUACUCCACUGUUCUAUUCCCUUCGAUCCACUGUUAUAUAUAUAUAUAUAUAGACUGUGUUGAAUCUUCUAGCUUCAUUUGGGUCAACAGAGCUCUACACUGAUUUGCAGAGUAUUGUAUAUUGUGAAAAUCAACACCCACCGUUGAUUUAGAUUACUUUGAUUCCAUCACUGAUGUCUUGUACAGAGAGGCCAUCGUCGUCGUCUUCAUCGGGGAGAGAGAUGGAUCCGUUGCUGAAGGAUCUGAGUGAGAAGCAGCAGAACUUCCGGCGGAACGUGGUGUCGCUGGCAUCGGAGCUCAAGGAGGUCCGUGACCGUCUUGCUUCUCAGGAACAGUCAUUUGCUCGCGAAACCCUAACAAGGCAGGAGGCAGAGAUCAGAGCGAAAAAUAUGGAGGAGGAUAUAUGGAGGUUGCAGAACAAUUUAGAGGAGAGAAAUGGGCAGCUUCAAGCAUCAGCAUCUGCUGCUGAGAAGUACCUCAAGGAGCUGGAUGAUAUGAGAUCACAGCUUUCAGCUACUCAAGCAACUGCAGAUGCAAGUGCUGCAUCAGCUCAAUCUGCGCAACUCCAGUGCUUGGCACUGUUGAAAGAAUUAGAUGAAAAAAAUAACUCAUUAAAAGAGCAUGAGGUUCGUGUAAAUUUGCUGGGAGAGCAAUUGGAUCUUCUGCAGAAAGAUCUUCAAGUGAGGGAAUCUUCCCAAAAGCAACUGAAAGAUGAAGUUUCAAGAUUUGAGCAUGAUAUCAUGCAAGCACUAGCCAAAGCCGGAGCAAGCAAAGAUUGUGAACUGAGGAAACUGUUAGAUGAGGUUUCUCCAAACAAUUUUGAAAAAAUUAAUAAGCUUUUGACUUUGCAGGAUGAAGAAAUAGCCAAGCUUAGGGAUGAAAUAAGGAUUAUGUCUGCUCACUGGAAGCUCAAAACAAAGGAUUUGGAAUCACAGUUGGAGAAGCAUAGGAGAGCUGAUCAAGAAUUGAAAAAGAGGGUAUUAAAGUUGGAGUUCUGUCUCCAGGAAGCUCGUGCUCAGACACGAAAGCUCCAAAGGACGGGUGAGAGGCGGGACAAAGCUCUGAAAGAACUCAGGGAUCAGCUAGCUACAAAGCAAGAGGGUGGAGCUCCUGGCAUCCAAAAACGGAAUAUUUGGGAAACCUCUGGUUUCAAGAUCGUGGUUUCCGUGUCGAUGUUGAUCUUAGUCUUGGUGUCAAAGCAGUAAAGCUAUUGUCUUAUUUAGUUCUAGUUGUAUAAAAAGUAAAACAUCGGUACCUCAGAAAUCAACUCAAGGAGAAUAGAGAGCUGUAGAUGCUAUUUUAUUUGUAGAAAUUGUAGUAAGAGAGGAUCUUUUCCUUUUUCACAAAUCACAGUUUUAUUAGGGUAGGUGAGACCCCUCCUUUUGUUGGUCCAAUUAUUGAAUUACAUUUGCAGUAGUUGGCCUAGUAUGCUCUACAAAUUUGAAUGGUUGCAUAGUAUGUUUAAGCUGAGUUUUUGUUUAAUCAUGUAUGUUGUUGAUGGUUUAUGAGCUGCUUAGCAUGAUAAUGACA